AUGGCAAACCGAGGAUACGAUGUGACUGACCCGGGCGCAACANNGGGAGAUCUCGGUCAUACCGACCUGCAAGAGGACCUCGAAUUCCACUCGUCCAGUGAGACCUAUCGCCUUGUCGCAUACUCGACCGCUCUAUCUGACAAGACUCACCANGACUUCGAAACACAAACGUCGACGCGUGGCAAGCUUCCCACAGGCAACAACUCGUUCCUCCCCACCAACAACGGCAACCCCUCGGUGACCAACAGCAAACACUACCUCUGGAGCAUCUCCUUCUACGCCCAAUUCUUCGACGUCGACACCUCCGAGGUUGCCCGUCGCUGCCGCGCUGCCAUCUUUCCUCUAUCCAACUUCUUGGAUGUGCUAGACGGAAACCCCGAUCUGUACGGCCCCUUUUGGAUUGCUACCACCGUCGUUGUCAUCCUCUUCCUCACCGGCACAAUCUCGCAAUAUCUGGCAAAGGAGGGAAAGAAACACUUCAUCUAUGAUUUCACUCUGCUCUCGGGCGCUGCAGGUCUGAUUUACGGCUACACCUUCAUCAUCCCCGUUGCCCUGUGGGGUGCUCUCAAGUGGUUUAGAGCAGAAUCUGCAAACCUCCUCGAGUGCGUCUGUCUAUACGGCUAUGCCAACUUGAUCUGGAUCCCCGUCGCCUUGGUUUCCUGGUCGCCAAUUUCCAUCUUAAACUGGGUCUUUGUUGCCGUCGGACUUGCCGCCUCGGGUGUCUUUUUGACGAUGCGCAUGUUCUUUGGCUUGUAG